AUGGUGUUGCAGCUCCUGGAACAACAUGGGUGGGUUGCAAAUCCAAAGAAAUGCGAGUUUGGAAAGCAAUGGGUACAUUAUCUGGGUCAUCAAAUUUCGGAGCAGGGCGUAGAAAUGGAUCAAGAUAAAAUCAAAGCGAUAGUGGAAUGGGGAGAACCGAAGAACUUGAAAGCUUUGAGAGGAUUCUUGGGUUUGACCGGUUACUAUAGAAGAUUUGUGCAAAGAUAUGGGGAGCUGGCCAGACCAUUAAUUGAGUUGUUAAAAAAGGGGAAGUUUGAGUGGACGGAGAAGGUCGGAACAGCCAUGGCAACCCUAAAGUCCACUAUCACGUAUGCACCAGUUUUAGUAUUACCUGAUUUUACUCAGGAGUUUCACUUGGAGUGCGAUGCUUCAGGGGGAGGUGUUGGUGUCGUGUUAAUGCAAAACAGGAAACCCAUUGCGUUCUUUAGCAAGGCUUUGUCAGAAGGAUCUUUGAGUAAAUUCAUCUAUGAAAAGGAAUCAAUGGCUUUAGUGAUGGCCAUCCAACACUAG